AUGGAUAGUAAAAAAACAUUAAUAUCAAAGUAUUCUUCUCAUCAAAUUUUAAACAGUGAUCAUUGUUCAUUUCAACAAGAAUAUAUUCCACCAAGAACUCUUUCUUUUACAGUUGAAAGAACACCAGAAGUGACUGUUAAAAAGAAAUAUAAUACAACACAUUCUUAUACAGUCCAACCGGUUACAUCAGCUAAUGUUGUACCACCAAAUGUCAUAGUCAAAGCUUCAAAAUCAGGAAUAAGCAGUGAUGAAAAACAUCAUGCUUUUUUAAAUGAAGUUUUAGGUCCAUUGGUUGGUGAAAAAUUUCUUCUUUUUCUUGAUUCUUGGAAAACUCAAGCUGAUCUAACAAAAUUUAGAGCAGUCUUUCCUAAUCAAGACAAUCAAUUAAUGAUUUUUCCUGAAGGGUCAACAGGUUAUAUUCAACUACAAGAUCUUUCUUUGUUUCGUUCCUGA